CCGGAAACAAAACAAGUCAGUCAUGUGAUUUCUGCUCGUGCCUCUUGUCCAGUAUGUCGCUGUUAUAUGUUAAGUCAGUCAAAUAAGGAUUGAAAGAAGUUGCCAGCUGUCUGGACAGCACGAUAAAACACUGGCCGCCAUGGCUGAUGAUUUGAAGAGAUACCUGUACAAACAGUUGCAGAGUGUCGAAGGUCUUCAUGCUAUUGUAGUGACAGACAGGGAUGGUGUCCCAGUUAUCAAAGUUGCCAAUGACAACGCCCCAGUCCACGCGCUGAGACCCGGCUUCCUGUCCACCUUCGCUCUGGCCACAGAUCAGGGCAGCAAGCUGGGCCUUUCCAAAAACAAGAGCAUCAUCUGCUACUACAACACCUACCAGAUUGUGCAGUUCAAUCGGUUGCCACUGGUCAUCAGUUUCAUCGCCAGCAGCAAUGCCAACACAGGUCUCAUCAUGAGUCUGGAGAAGGAGCUGGCCCCUCUAAUAGAGGAGCUCAGGCAGGUGGUGGAGGUGACAUAAGCUGUGACAGGACGGCCAUGAGCAGGAUCCACAGCAGAAUCACCCUCUGGACCACACGCUGCUCACCGAAUCUCUCUGUCUCUUAUGGUGCAUUCAUGUGUUGUGGGAAAACCUGUCUGGAGGUUUUCACACCUCCAUGUAAUGACUUGGAAGUGUAAACAUCUCCUGACUUGUUCACAUCAUGAUUGAGCUUUCCUCUACACUUUUUGUUCUGUCGACUUUGCUUUCUGCCAUUUUCUGUAGAAUUUAGAUCUCCUCGUCAGCAUUUUCACAGCUUAGACAGAGUUUAUAUGUCAAAUCAAAUGUCAAGUCUGAAUAAAUGUUUUAUUUUAGCACCCAAAAGUGGUUUUGCUGUUUUUUUCAUUGUUAGGGUUUUAAUGUAAAAAUAUAUUGUUUUUAUUGUACUCGUACAAUAAAGGUCAAGUCCUCCA